CCAAUCUAAGUAUCCCAUCAGUAUAAAAUUUGUUUUUCAAUAUGACGGCUGACUACAAUUCAAUAGUGCAGUCGAAUAAUUGCACCGUAAAUACGCUAGUUGUGUAACAACAAUAUUUAUAAGAAAUAGAAAUUGAAUGUUCUGAAUUUUGUGGAAAUAUUUUGGUUUUAAUAAUUUCGUGAACGCUUCGAGUUUUCAUUUAGCACGUCUGGAAAUGAAUUUAGAUUAUUGUCACUUUAUUGCUGGCUGUUUUGGAGGUGGAUUUGGGGUAUUCAUUGGACACCCUUUGAACACUAUCAAAACAUGGCAACAAGCAACAAAUUCCAAAAUCGGUACAUCCAUUUAUGAAAUCAUUGUUAGAAAUAAUGGGCUCAACGGAUUCUACAGAGGGAUGACAUUUCCAUUGCUUACUACUGGCGCUAUUAACACAUUAUUCUUUGGCAUUUACGGCAAUGAAUUACGGAAUCUACAAAGCAAUUGCCCCACAUACAAAGAAAAGCAGGAAAAAUGGGGUAGACAUGUAUUAUAUGCAGGUUCAAUAGCCGGCUUAGUUCAGUCAUUCAUAGCCUGUCCCACGGAACUCAUAACCAUUCGUUUGCAGACUAGAAACUAUUAUUUGGAUUACAGACGAGGCCAACGACGCGGACCGAUCGCUUGUAUAAAACAAAUUUUCCGGAGUGACGGACUAGCUGGCUUUUACCGAGGUCUAUCGCCAACACUUUGCAGAGACGUUAUACCAUACGGUAUAUACAUGCUGGUCUACGAAAAAGUGCUCAAUGUUCUGGGUGGUAUGCCCACCAUUCAGCGACAACGUGAACUGAAUGAAAUGACUGUCACCUCAAACAGAUAUGAACUGAUUGUGACUGCAUUGUCGGGUACAAUUGCGGGAGUUGUAUCGUGGAUUUUGGCAAUACCGUUUGAUGUCUUGAAAACGAUAAUGCAGGCCGAUGCAGCGACUAAAUACGAUAGUAUGGCCCAUUGCAUCAAAGUGAAUAUAGAGCGACAUAGUUGGACGUUCUUGUUCCGUGGCAGUUGGAUGAUUAUAUUUCGAGCUGUACCGGUCAAUUGUGCUACGUUCCUUGGAUAUGAAUAUGUUCUGGGCAAAUGCAGACUUUUUCACAGUCUCGAUCGUUGAUGGAAGUGGAUAUGGUUGACGCACAAGAAAUAUGUUUGCCAAGACUUAGACACUAGUAUACUUUACAACAACAAAAAAAGGAAGAGCUUAGAACAGAGGGUGGCCUAAUUUUAUUGCCUUAUCUACACAUUUAAAUUUGAAUAAAAAA